GCUUCCGCGGCGGUUCGGCGUGCGAGCGGAGCUGUUUGGCGCCCGCCCGGCGCGGCCAUGGCGCGGAGCUCCCACUCGUCGCGCUUCCGCCGCCUGGACAUCGACCAGUUCGACGAGAACCGCUUCGUGGAGGAGCCCGACGCCGCCGAGGCCGGGAGCGGAGCCGGCGCGGCCGAGGGCAACGGAGGGCCCGGCCCGGAGGUGGAGGCGGCGCUGCGGCAGGGAGAUUUGCUUCGGGCUUUCCAUGCAGCUUUACGAAACUCACCUGUGAACACCAAGAACCCAGUUGCAAAGGAGCAGGCCCAGGAAGUGGUGCUGAAAGUCCUCACGUCCUUCAAAAGCAGCGAGAUCGAGCAGGCGGUCAACUCCUUAGACAGCAGCGGCAUCGACUUGCUCAUGAAGUAUAUUUACAAAGGGUUCGAAAAGCCGACGGAGAACAGCAGCGCUAUACUCCUCCAGUGGCAUGAAAAGGCAUUAGCGAUAGGCGGACUUGGCUCCAUCGUCCGGGUCCUCACCGCACGGAAAACGGUUUAAAAAGUCCCUCGACCCGAGACACCAAGAACAUUUUUGGGGGGAGCCGGGAAAAGAACCCCCCCCCUCCCCCCACGUUUUGGCUACUUCUCCGGGACCGGCAGCCUCCCACCCGAAACACAGUUGGGAGAAGGAAGGAAGGAAGGAAAGCUGGUGCCUUCGUUUGCUGGAAUCAAGAGCCGGGAAGAGGGGGAGGCAGCCUGCAAUUUUGUGCGGCAGUGAAAGGGGGAAACGGGGGUGUGAGUUGCGUUGGCAACCAGAUGCCCGUUCCCUGAAGGGCAGCGUUGCUGAUGCUGCUGGGGCCCAGUGAAUGUUGCGUGUGUGGGUGUGAAACUUUUAAUUUAAAGAGUAACACAUGUCUGCAGUGGGCGGGGGGGAUGGGGAGGGGGUGGUGGCUGCGGUGUGAGAGGCGGAGAGGUUUGGGGGCGUUAUGGGAAGGCAGGUGUUCUCACCGCGAGGGGGCUUUGGGGGGUGGGUUUUUGUACAUAAUUAAAAGAAUCGCCGGGCUCAGCGCGGACGUCGGUUUCAUGUAAAGUGCCUGCUGCUCUGUAAUUAAAAAUAAAAGUUCUUGGAGAGUUACUUUAAA